GUGGUGGAGGGCAGAGCCUUUACGUGCCCCGCAAGAAGUAAUGAGCUCAGAAGAAUCUCAUUUAAAUAAUAUAGUUUUUUUUUUUUAUUUAUGUUACUUCACAAAAUUGUGUUUAUUAUAAUAUGUUUUUGUUUUUGCAUUAAAAUUGAGGGAAGUUUGGUUAAUAACUUAGACCCUUGAUCAAUUAGUAUGCAAUAAUGUUUAAAGUCUUAAAAUUUAUUACUAUUCUAAUUGUUUACACUUUUUAUUAUUCAAAAGACAUGAUAAGGAUAAGCUGUUGAAUUAAUUAAUGCAUAUAAUCACAAAACUUUUCUACAAUUAUAAAUUCUCUAUUACUUUCCACUUAAACUAAUAAAGUUGACUGAGAGAGUUGACAUGAAUUUUUCUCACCUGCCUCCUUAUUUAAAUUUGAGAAAUUGAUACGGUUGCGAGUUGGUCUCUACCAAUUUCCUCACCCUCUUCCCGAUACAAUAUUGUGUCAUCUUCUGAUUGGCCUUGACUGAACUUAUCCCAGAGAAUGUCACCUCUUACAUUUUCAUAAACUGGAGUUUAUAAUCAUCACUAUCAACGUACUUUCCUUGAAGGUUUACAAAAGAUUAUUCCGUCAACUACUGCAACAACCAAGCUUUUGGAUAUUCCAAAAAUACGUAGUUUUAUUAAUUUGGAUGGCCUAGUUUUUGUUAGAAAAAGAAGAUAAACCAUUUUUCCUUGGAGGAGUUGAAGAAAUCAGUAAUGCAAGAAGAGAGGAAUCAGAGUGCUUGUAAAACCAUGGCCAAUAUUAAUGGUUUACCUGUGGCCUCGUCCAAUAACUCGACCCAAACUCCAUUUCCAACACCAUCUCCGUUCUCAAUCUCAGUGGCCUCUUCUGGUUGGAAUUCCAGACCUACUAUAAGCUACUGGGAUCUCUUCCUUCGCUUCGUGGGGCUUCUCUUCUCUUUUUCCUCUGCUCUUUCUCUGGUGAUUAUUUCAUCGCCAAAGAAGAAACACGAAGGGCCUUCUAGCUUCGCUGAAUCUCCUCAAUUAUUGUACUGCUUCAUAGUAACAAUCUUAGCUUUUGCAUACUCUGCUUUCCAACUUUUCAAAGGUAUCUUUGACAUUGCACAUAAAGGUAUCCUCAUGUCAGACCUCAUCUCUGACUACACCAGCUUCAUUCUUGACCAGGUCUUAUUGGUGGGUUACCUUCUGGUUUCAUCAUCUUCGGUAGCAGUGGCUGUUGUACAAGAGAUUGAGAAAUCUUCCCCACUGUGGAGAGCAACUAUCAUAUCUGCCAGCUUUUCCUUAGCAAAUUUCCUUGUCAUUGCAACUUGUGCUCUCUUUUCAGGUUACAAGCUUUGUAAAAGAAUCAGUUGGUGAUGCUUCAUGCUAGCUUUGCUCAUAUAAAGCAUAUAAAUGUGUAGCAUAGAGAGUUCCCCAUAAAACUCUGAAUGGAAAACUUAAUCGUAGUUCAAAAACA